AUGCCGGGCCGACCCGUGGCUGAAGUGAUGGUGGCUUUAAGCACUCCCCCUACGUGGGCCGAUCCCGAACAUAGUGUCAUUACGGGUCGACCCGCGGCGGAGGUGAAGCAGGAGUUAAGCAUUCCCCAUACGUGGUCCGAUCCCGAAGAUCGUGCCAUGCCGGGCCGACCCAUGGCUGAAGUGAUGGUGGCGUUAAGCACUCCCCCUACGUGGGCCGAUCCCGAACAUAGUGCCAUUACGGGUCGACCCGCGGCGGAGGUGAAGCAGGAGUUAAGCACUCCCCAUACGUGGUCCGAUCCCCAAGAUCGUGCCAUGCCGGGCCGACCCGUGGCUGAAGUGAUGGUGGCGUUAAGCACUCCCCCUACGUGGGCCGAUCCCGAACAUAGUGUCAUUACGGGUCGACCCGCGGCGGAGGUGAAGCAGGAGUUAAGCAUUCCCCAUACGUGGUCCGAUCCCGAAGAUCGUGCCAUGCCGGGCGGACCCGUGGCUGAAGUGAUGGUGGCGUUAAGCACUCCCCCUACGUGGGCCGAUCCCGAACAUAGUGCCAUUACGGGUCGACGUGCGGCGGAGGUGAAGCAGGAGUUAAGCACUCCCCAUACGUGGUCCGAUCCCGAAGAUCGUGCCAUGCCGGGCCGACCCGUGGCUGAAGUGAUGGUGGCGUUAAGCACUCCCCCUACGUGGGCCGAUCCCGAACAUAGUGCCAUUACGGGUCGACCUGCGGCGGAGGUGAAGCAGGAGUUAAGCACUCCCCAUACGUGGUCCGAUCCCGAAGAUCGUGCCAUGCCGGGCCGACCCGUGGCUGAAGUGAUGGUGGCGUUAAGCACUCCCCCUACGUGGGCCGAUCCCGAACACAGUGCCAUUACGGGUCGACCGGCGGCGGAGGUGAAGCAGGAGUUAAGCAUUCCCCAUACGUGGUCCGAUCCCGAAGAUCGUGCCAUGCCGGGCCGACCCAUGGCUGAAGUGAUGGUGGCAUUAAGCACUCCCCCUACGUGGGCCGAUCCCGAACAUAGUGCCAUUACGGGUCGACCCGCGGCGGAGGUGAAGCAGGAGUUAAGCAUUCCCCAUACGUGGUCCGAUCCCGAAGAUCGUGCCAUGCCGGGCCGCCCCAUGGCUGAAGUGAUGGUGGCGUUAAGCACUCCCCUUACGUGGGCCGAUCCUGAACAUAGUGCCAUUACGGGUCGACCCGCGGCGGAGGUGAAGCAGGAGUUAAGCACUCCCCAUACGUGGUCCGAUCCCGAAGAUCGUGCCAUGCCGAGCCGACCCGUGGCUGAAGUGAUGGUGGCGUUAAGCACUCCCCCUACGUGGGCCGAUCCCGAACAUAGUGUCAUUACGGGUCGACCCGCGGCGGAGGUGAAGCAGGAGUUAAGCAUUCCCCAUACGUGGUCCGAUCCCGAAGAUCGUGCCAUGCCGGGCCGACCCGUGGCUGAAGUGAUGGUGGCGUUAAGCACUCCCCCUACGUGGGCCGAUCCCGAACACAGUGCCAUUACGGGUCGACCGGCGGCGGAGGUGAAGCAGGAGUUAAGCAUUCCCCAUACGUGGUCCGAUCCCGAAGAUCGUGCCAUGCCGGGCCGACCCAUGACUGAAGUGAUGGUGGCAUUAAGCACUCCCCCUACGUGGGCCGAUCCCGAACAUAGUGCCAUUACGGGUCGACCCGCGGCGGAGGUGAAGCAGGAGUUAAGCAUUCCCCAUACGUGGUCCGAUCCCGAAGAUCGUGCCAUGCCGGGCCGCCCCAUGGCUGAAGUGAUGGUGGCGUUAAGCACUCCCCUUACGUGGGCCGAUCCUGAACAUAGUGCCAUUACGGGUCGACCCGCGGCGGAGGUGAAGCAGGAGUUAAGCACUCCCCAUACGUGGUCCGAUCCCGAAGAUCGUGCCAUGCCGAGCCGACCCGUGGCUGAAGUGAUGGUGGCGUUAAGCACUCCCCCUACGUGGGCCGAUCCCGAACAUAGUGUCAUUACGGGUCGACCCGCGGCGGAGGUGAAGCAGGAGUUAAGCAUUCCCCAUACGUGGUCCGAUCCCGAAGAUCGUGCCAUGCCGGGCCGACCCAUGGCUGAAGUGAUGGUGGCGUUAAGCACUCCCCAUACGUGGGCCGAUCCCGAACAUAGUGCCAUUACGGGUCGACCUGCGGCGGAGGUGAAGCAGGAGUUAAGCACUCCCCAUACGUGGUCCGAUCCCGAAGAUCGUGCCAUGCCGGGCCGACCCGUGGCUGAAGUGAUGGUGGCGUUAAGCACUCCCCCUACGUGGGCCGAUCCCGAACACAGUGCCAUUACGGGUCGACCGGCGGCGGAGGUGAAGCAGGAGUUAAGCACUCCCCAUACGCGGUCCGAUCCCGAAGAUCGUGCCAUGCCGGGCCGACCCGUGGCUGAAGUGAUGGUGGCGUUAAGCACUCCCCCUACGUGGGCCGAUCCCGAACACAGUGCCAUUAUUUCCGGACGCCCGAUCUUUGCGACAUGCCCGACAAUUCCGACGGCUUCGUGGCACCUCCCCGUACCCCAUAGAGUCAAUGCAUAA